AUGCCGCCAAAGGAAUCAACUAAGAAAUGGAAACCACCAAAAGGUCCUAAGCCCAUUCACCGUAAAAACAAAAACACUAUUGGGCUAGGUAGAGCAAUCCAAAGUGCUCGUGCAAAGGAAAACGAAGUACAGAUAUUACCAGACGGUGAACUUCGUUUCGCUACUGACAAACAUGAAGCUAACUGGGUAAAGCUAAGUUCUGUUACUCAGGAAUCUGCUCUGGACGAGUUUUUGAAUACAGCAGAACUUGCCGAUAAAGAUUUCGCUGCAGACAGGCACUCUAAUGUCAAGAUCAUCAGAAUGGACGCUGGCAGUGAUUCAAGAUCACAGGGCGUUUCUUUGACCAAUACCCAGAAACAGAAAGUGAAUGAGUUGCAAAGAAGUCAAGCAAAAAACCUUAUUGUUCCCAGAAGGCCCGCGUGGAACCAGAACAUGACUCGUUUGCAAUUAGACAGGCAGGAAAAAGAAGCGUUUUUGAAUUGGAGACGGAAAUUGGCUACCCUGCAAGAAUCCAACGAGGAUCUACUACUUACGCCGUUUGAAAGAAAUAUUGAGGUCUGGAGACAGCUUUGGAGAGUAACCGAAAGGUCUGAUCUGGUAGUACAAAUUGUGGAUGCCCGUGAUCCUCUGCUUUUCAGAUCGAGAGAUUUGGAGCUUUCGGUCAAGGAACUGGACGACAGGAAACAGAACCUGCUUUUGAUCAACAAGGCCGACUUGUUGACCAGAAAACAAAGAAUAGUAUGGGCUAAAUACCUUCUUUCGAGAGGCAUAUCGUUUACCUUUUUCUCUGCUGCUAGAGCAAAUGAAAUUUUAGAGAAGCAGAACGAAUUGGGGGACGAUUACAUUCCCAAGGAUGAGGAAGAAGAAGAAAUUUUGGAGGUUGACGGCGAAGCGGUCGACGCCGAAGUUUUGGACAAAAUCCAGAUCCUGAAAAUCGACCAGCUAGAGAAGCUUUUCUUAGAAAAGGCACCCAAAGAGCCUUUAGUCACACCUCUUCCAGGGAAAGAGUCCAUAAUACAGAUUGGUUUGGUCGGCUACCCUAACGUGGGUAAAUCGUCUACAAUCAACGCACUGGUUGGUGCAAAGAAGGUCUCGGUUUCUGCUACACCUGGCAAAACUAAACAUUUUCAAACAAUAAAGCUAUCAGAUCGUGUCAUGCUAUGCGAUUGUCCUGGUCUAGUAUUCCCCAAUUUUGCAUACAAUAAAGGUGAGCUGGUCUGCAACGGUGUAUUACCUAUUGAUCAGCUGCGAGACUAUAUCGGACCCACUAAUCUUGUGGCAGAGAGAAUUCCAAAGUAUUUUAUCGAGGCCACUUAUGGUAUUCACAUCCAGACAAAAUCCGAAGACGAAGGAGGAGAUGGUAUUCCUACAGCUCAAGAAAUUCUUGUCUCUUACGCCAGAGCGCGCGGUUAUAUGACCCAGGGUUUCGGUGCUGCUGACGAGUCUCGUGCCAGCAGAUAUAUCCUGAAAGAUUACGUCAACAGUAAGCUGCUUUACGUUAAUCCUCCACCACAUCUUGAAGAUGAUACACCUUAUUCCAAGGAGGAGUGCGCUGACUUCAAUAAGGAGCUGUACACCUUUCAAAAGCUUCCAGAAUCCAGACAGGAGCAAUUGGCUGAUGCGGCUAAGCACAGGAAUAUCGAAGGAUUUGAUUUAGCUCGCGAUUUAAGCAAGCUGACGUUUUCCGCACAUAUCGGACAGGGGGCGGACGGACAAGAAGCUAGAUCAGUCAACCAUGGCGGAAAACAGGCAGCCCUUCACAAUGCUGCUCAAGAUCUAGACGACGAUUUUUUCAAGCUUAAUAGUGUUCGCGGACAUCUAACGUCUCCCUUCCACAAGACAGUUUCCACCAACGAAAACGGGAAGAGACACAACAAGAAAAACAAGAAAAGCAAAAAGAAGUCACCAGCACAAGACUGA